GAACGCAGGAGGUCGACUGGCAGGCAGGCCCCGUGUCGGGCAAGUGCAAGUCCAUUAUCGUAGUGCUGAGACUGAACGGCCGUCGUAGCGCUGUCGCCACGCCGCCAACGACGCGGGCCACACCCCCGGCGACCACCCCAUUCAAGACCACGACGCCCAGCUGCAGCAGCAGCAGCAGCCGGAGCCCGUCGCCCUCCUCGGGCGUUGACGCCGGCGCCAUGAUGGCCAACAGCGGCCAGCAGUACUGCCUGCGAUGGAACAACCACCGCUCCAACCUGCUGACCGUCUUCGACCAGCUGCUCCAGUCCGAGGCCUUCACCGACGUCACCCUGGCCUGCGAAGGCGGCGUCUCCAUCAAGUGCCACAAGAUGGUGCUGGCCGCGUGCUCGGGCUACUUCGCCGCCCUCUUCGCGGAGCUGCCCUGCAAGCACCCCGUGGUGGUGCUCAAGGACGUCAAGUACUCGGACAUGAAGGCCAUCCUGGAGUACAUGUACCGCGGUGAGGUGAACGUCGAGCAGCAGCAGCUCACCGCCCUGAUCCGGGUCGCCGAGACACUCAAGGUGAAAGGCUUGGUCGAGGAGAACGGCCACCACUCCAGCUGUUCUGCUGAAGACUAUAAGGACAAGCACCACAACAACAACACCAUCAGCAACCCCAAGGAGGAGAUGACGCCGUCCUCGGCGCCGUCGCCGCCGUCCUCCAUCACCACGUCCACCGGCCUGGGCGCCUCCAGCCCGCCGCACAGCACCUACAAGUACCCCUUCAAGGGCUCGCCGUCGUCGGACCGCGAGCGUGACCGCGAGAGGGAGAGGGCGCGCCUGUCGCUGCCGCUGUGGGGCCUGCCCGGAGUGGCGCUGCCCGGCGUGCCGGCCGCGCAGUCCUCGCUGCUGGCCGCGGCCUACGAGUCCGGCGACAUGUCCCCGCUGCACCGCAAGAAGCUGUCCUCCCUGCUGCUGCACUCCCGAGACACCCCCAUCCUGCGGACCGUCCUGGGCCAGGCGCAGGGCGCCGAGGGCGGCGCGGCCGGCAACGGCCAGGGAGCCGCGAGCUCGCGGGGCAGCGCGGCGGGUGCGAGCGCGGGCGCUGCCCAGGGCCAGGCCGACUCGUCGCAGCCCGUGUCCCUCGUCUGCCACCCCGACUCCCACGACGCCAGGCCCGGCUCGCACGCCCACUCCAACGGCUACAUGUACGACUUCGAGAAGAUAAAACAGGAAGGCAACGAAGGCUCGCCCUCGCCCUACACUGACACCUCGAUGACGGAGGAGGAUCUGGAAAGGUCUCGAAUGAUGAUUCCGUCCUCGUCUCCUCUGAGCGCCGCCGACAUGCGAGGCGUGUCGUCCAACAUCGUGCCCUACGUCCAGCAGCAGAAGCCCGAGUGGAAGCGCUACAAGCAGUACACCCGCAACGACAUCGAGUCCGCCAUCGAGGCCGUGAAGACCGGCAUGUCGGCGCUGCAGGCGGCGCGCAAGUUCGGCGUGCCGUCGCGCACGCUGUACGACAAGGUGAAGAAGCGCGGCAUCGUCACCAACCGGCCCAUCAAGCGUGCCUCCAACGGCGGCGCCAGCAGCGCCGGCAACGGCAACGGCGGCGGCAGCAACAGCGGCGGGCCCAGCACCGCCAACGGCGUCGCCUUCCCGUUCGGCAUCAGCGGCGCCCCGCAGUGGAUGGGCCACAACUUGGAGGAGGGCGACAACGCGACGGCGCCCAACGUCGGCGCCGCGCUGUCCGCCAGCGGCCUGGUGGAGCACUGGAUGGACAAGGCCGAGAUGGAGCGGGAGGCCAUCGCCGCCAUGGCGUCCGCGCAGGCCGCGCAGGCCGCGCACGCCCUGAGCAUCAACUCGGGCAACUCCAACAGCCCACCCGAGGACCGCGACAGCCGCCACGGCGACCGCCACGGGGACCGCCAGGGCAGCGAGGGCGCGCGGUCGCCAUCGCCCUCGCCUAGCGGCAAGGGCUCCGUGCCGCCGCGGUUCCCGCACCACGCCCUGGCCGGCGUGCUGGGGCUGGCGCCCCUGGGCUCGCUGGGCCACGCCCUGGCCCAGGCGCAAGCCCAGGCCCAGGCCCGCGAGGGAGUGGGCCCCCAGCGGAGCGAGUCGCCGCAGCCCCGCGACGCCCCGUCACCCGCCAUGGACGUCGAGGAGGACCAGGUGGAGGACCUGUCCGUCGCCAGGACCACGUCGUCGUCCGAGGAGAUGUCCCCGCCGGGCCCGGCCGCCCACGCCUCUCGCGUCAUCGUGAGCAUGCAGGCCGCGCGCCAAGAGGAGGAGCGGGAACGGGAACGGGAGCGAGAGCGAGAACGGGAGCGGGAGAGAGAGAGGGACCUGGAUCGGGGGCUGGAGAUACGGGGGCCUAUCAUCGGCAUGGAGGAGACCCGUGGCAGCCCCAUGGAAGUCGGCGGUGAGCGGGAUUGAGCGUUCGGCCGCCUCCUCCCUCCCCCCUUUUCCCUCCCUCCCCUUUCCCCUCCCCUCCGGGUGAGCAGCCCCAGGACGGAACGUGCAAUAGCCUCCCUCCCUCAUCUCGGACUCCAGCACUCACGCAACGAUAAGACUGAGGACUCAAUUCAAAUCCGCUGUGCUGCCAACCUCGCCGACCCGGCCCGAGUAGUUUUAUUGUAACCUUCUUUAGCAUGAUGUGAGUGUGUAAGGUUGGCAGCACGGCAGCUGGCCGGUACAAGACUGAAAGUGCGAAUGUCUACCUGCGGGAGAGUGAACGAGAGAGAGUGAGAGAGAGCAUGACUGUGUGUAAUUGUGAGUGUGAAUGUGUUUGUAUGUGUGAGAGAGAAAGAGAAUGAGAGUUUUAUAAAAGAUAAAUUAUGUAAAUAGAUUUAUUUGUUAGUGGUUAUUAUUAUUAUGAUUAUUAAUAUUAUUAAUAUUAUUAUUAUAUUAUUAUUAUUAUUUUUAUUGUUCCUUUUGAAGUGUCUUUAACUACUUGAGCAGAAGUGUGUUAUGCCUAAAGUGGGUAUAGAAGCUGUGCAAGCUUUUUGAAAACUAUAUUUGACGAAUUAUGAUAUUUUAUCGGAACUGACUUGAGAGGGCAGUCUUUACGGGCCCAACUCCAAUUCGUUCAUCGGCGCGACGUUGUUGCUUCUAGCGUUUUGAAGAGUGCUCUCUCAGUCGUGUUAUUUUUGUGAUUGACUUCAUUUUUUUCUGUUGUUGGCGAAGUGAUACUUGUUUUGUUGUGAUGUCCACUACCGGUCGUGCCAAGCGAAGCGCUGGCCAGUGCCUUAUCCCCGGGAACAAGUACCAUAAUUACUGCCGUCCUAAAGAGAGAAAUUUCGAGUCAUUUUGUUUUCUUUUUGUUGAUUCUAAUGUUUUCUCUUUUCUUUUUGUCAUUUCUGAACAAUUUUCAAAUCAAUACCGGGUUCUUACACAAGAUUUCCAUCAGCUAGUCGACUUAUAGUUGUCUGUUUUAAUAUUUUACCGAAGUCGCUUCGUUGGUGGGAAUGUCCUUGCUCACUUUUUGCCUUGACAAGGUGUUGUGAUAUUUUAUUGUUGAGGCUCAGCUGUUUCUCACGAAGGGCUGCAAACCUGGUUUGUCCCUCCGUGCCCCUCGCUCUAGUCAGUGGAAGAUUCCAUGACGACGGGUCUUGCCACUGCCUCUCGUCGCGUUGGUCGCGCCGCGUUGCACCAAACGCAGUACCUUAAAGCUCAAUUACUGUACGUACCGUUACUUGUUCCUGUACUGACUGUACUCAUCCAGACCAUGUAAAGCGCAUAUGAAAGUAUAUAUGAAGUGGCUCCCAGCCCUGUUCAUAUCAAUGUUAUUAUUUUAAUAAUGAUUAUUCCUGUGUACAAAUGGCACUUAUUUAACGAAUUGUAGUUGUAGAUUAUGAUAUUUGUUAUUGAAAUGUUACAAUUCUAUGUCUAUUCAUAGGCUUAAAAGACUGAAUUGUGUUUGUAUGUAUGUUAUUGUAGACUAAGAGUCAGUCGCCGACGUGCCUUAUCGUUUCGCCUCGUUUUUCCACCGUUGUGCGAAAGUGCGACGGCCACCAAAAUAUUUUCAUGGUUGGUUUUUAACUCAAGUGUUUGAAAUCAUAGUAUUUGUACAUAAACCAGGCGCCCAAAGGGCUCGCGAAAUAAUUUUUAAAAUUAGAUCUGUGAUUUCAAAUGUAAUAUUGCAAAAGUUGUGUAAGCUAAUCGUAAUGGGCGACUAAUGCGAAUUAUUUCGUAGCUCAUAAGUUAAAGGUGUCAGAGUUUACCUACUAUCUUGUUGCAAAAAAAUUUAAAUUCGUGCCUUGUCUCUGGUUGAGUGCCUACCUCAAAGGAAUACAUUCCAUGACUUAAGGUACGGCAGACGCGCGAAUAUUGGUUUUGUGCUGUCAAAGAGAAGGGUUACGUGAAAGUGCUUUGUAUAAGUGAAUGCUAUGUGUGUUGACGGUUAAUUUAAAAUAUGGGAAAUUUCUACUUGUGCCUUGAUAUUCGUGAUGCUCUAAAUAGCAAAUCAGUCAGAUUCAAAAGUGUUUUAAAUUUUCAUGUAUUGCGUGUUUUUACGAGUUCUGAAAAAAAAAUGUGUGUUGUGUCACUAGAUGUUAUGUUCGGUCUAUUUUGUGAGCACUAUAGGUGCACUUUGCAACGUCGACACCACACAGUCGCACCCUCCUCUUUUUUCGUUUUGGAAAUUUUUAUUAAGGUGCCUUAAUUUGCUCGUUGUUUUGCGAGUUCGUAUGUCUUUGGUUUCGUUAAGUUAUGUUUCACAUUAGUAGCUCGUUCCAAGACAACUAUUUGUUACACUUUACUAUGUUCAUCAGGAAACUAUGUGGUAGUUCCUGCAAAGGACGUGUUUGUAUGUUGGUAGUCCUACUCUUCAUGGGUGAAACAAAAUGGCCAUAUCGUUAUUUCCUAAGUACCACAUCGUUUUAUUUACAAUAUUAUUUUGUAUGAAGACUGACCGUUUUUUUCUCAAUGCUAUGCAGCUGUAAGUGCUGGUAUUUUUCGUAUUUAAGUUGUAUUCAUUUACUUGGGGUACAUUUGCCUUUGGUGAAGCGAUUCCGCGGGGCAGCGCGGUGGCCAUCCCUCCGCAAUGUGAUCUAAACCAUAAACAGGGCUGGUCACCUUGUUUCGCUCACGCAUCCAGAGUCAAAUUCCAUUAUUUAACUUUUUAUUUUUUUAAUGUUUUUUUUGUGCAUAGAGGAGCUUCACUCCCGGGUAUCUUUACAUAUUCAUGAAUCUGGUUGUUGUAAUAUUUAACUUGUUGCUGAACAAUAUGAACCAAAAUGUAGUCUCUACCUCAUUUGUUAGCCGCCAUAUGAUCGUACGAUUUGCUCACUUGAAUGUUGUACCUGCGAUGUGCACUAGAUCUCUAUACACCGGUGCAUGAAUGCUCACCAAACUGUACCGCAACCAUGCUCAAAAAUGUGCUAAAGAAGCAAACAAUUUUUUUUGUUUUGUAUGUUGGACUGGUAAGACAAUAUUUCAGGCCAGUUAUUUUCUUCUUUGGUGAGGAAAGUUAGUCCAGGGGUACCAUAUCGAGGGGCAGAGGGUAAUCACUGAGUAGCGCGCAGAAAAAAAUUGUUGCAAUGUCGUACUGGUUUCUAGAUUUAAAGGAAAAUUGCCGCCGUGCACAGUGGAGCCACCCCGGGACUUCCCUCACGGAGCACAUGUUUGGGCAUUGGUCUUGUCGCUCGCGCACAUUAGAUCGAAAUAAUGUUGUGAUGUAGAAUUUUUUGUUAAGUAGGUCUAAAGUUCGCGACGCGGUGGUUUACCUCAUAGUCAUGUGUUCUAUUUUAAUAAUUGUAAUUCUGGAUAACUACUUGAAAGGAAACGAGCCUUGUUUUUCAAUCAACUAAGCUAACGAAAAGACUGAUUUUCCCAGUGAUCAAAAAAAAAAGUUCAUAGUAUUGUCUCAUUCUGGAGUGAAACGAUGACACAAACAUAAAAUGUUAUUACUAUUCCGGGCAUCAUUUUGAUUUCGAGUCAAUACUAUGCGUCUAGCAGCUCGCAAAAGCUCUGCAAGUUCAACAAGUCAACUUACGCCUUUUUUCCUACAGGGUGCAUGUAAGACGGAAUAAAAUUCGGUUUCCCGAUUCAAUUGUUUUAUUUUGCAGUUGUGGAUGACGACUCCUUUCUUUUUUACGGUUAUAUUUUAUCCUUUGUCAAACGAAAAUGGAUGUAAACAACUGUUGCA